AUGCCCCUGGGUCAAGCGAAACCGGCGUCUGUUGCAGCGGAAGGAGAUCUAUGCGGAUCCAGUAUAAUGCAGCGCAGCAGUACGACGGAAUCUACCGAGAAUAAUGCAACCAAAAAACGUAAGCGCCCAGACGCAGACUUCGAGGAAUUUAAAGAAGAAAUUAUGCUUAUGUUUACGAAAAUGAAGGAAGAGCAAGAAAAGAGUUUUGCAAUGAUAUUGGACACAGUUAACGCCAUAAAGGACCAAAAUAAAGAAAUUAGUCAAGCCAUAGACUUUUUCUCCAGCAAAUAUGAUGAUUUAAUCGCAAGAAUCAAUACUCUAGAAGAUGAAAAAACCCAAUACCAAAAGCAGAUUCAAUCAUUAGAAUAUAAAUUAGACAUUAUGGAUAGGAGAAAGGUCGCUAGCUGCAUUGAAUUGCGAAAUGUGCCCUUUAAAAAACCCGAAACAAAGGAAGAAUUGUUAUCACUAACAAAAAAAAUAGGGGAUACAGUAAAUAUUAAUAUAGAGCAAUCUGAUAUACGGGAUAUCUACAGAUUUAACAAAAAUUCUACAAUUAAUAUUCAAUUUACAAGCAUAAUCAAGAAAGAUAAUUUUUUGAAGGCUGUCCAUAUAUUUAAUCAAAAAAAUAAAGAAAAGCUGAACACUACCCACCUGCAGAUUUCAGGAGCUCCUUUGCCGGUAUAUAUCUCACAAAAAUUAACAUAUAGAGACUACAAAGUUUUUGCUGAAACAAGAAAAUUCGCGAAGAACAAUGACUUUCGUUUUUGUUGGACCUCAAAUGGGAAAAUUUACUUACGGAAAACGGAAGGCGCUACUUUGAUACAUAUUAAAUCAGAAGAUGAUCUCUCAAAACUUAAGCCAGCAUGA